GAGGGGGGGAAACAGCAGAGAGGAGCUGUGAACAGAUAGAGAAAGAUAUUCAACGCGGCGCCUGUCCUCCAUCUCAGUGUGAAGGGCACGUAAUGGAAGAGUGAGAGGGAGGAUACAAGGAAAGAGAAAUAGAGAGAAUGAAGACAGCCGGAAAACAAGUGUUUCCUUGCACCAAGCAUCACUCAAACUAGGACAUCUCGCCACAGGACAAGAUGAUCACCAGGAAUCUGCUCCUAUUGGUCUCACUGUGUCUGUGGGAGGAGCUUAUGGGAGAAGGUUCAGCCACUAAGAUUGUCAGGAGAAGAGGGGUGGGCGGGACUCACCUGCUGAAGCUAGGGGAGAACAGAAUAGCGGACCAAUGGGAUUCAAGCGUGAAUUCAAACGUGAUGCCCAUGGUGACUCUUAGAAACUCAAUUGGUCAUGACCUGGGUGGUGAUAGUGGCUCUAUCUCUCACCACAAAAUACCCCAGAAUCAUGCAGCCAUACCAUCUAAUAAGGAGAGGCAGGCUUUUAAACCUAAUCCAGUUCUGGACAUGGAAGAAAAUCCUAUCAAAAAAGGAGAAUCAACUCUGUCACCCAAUAACAGGGAAUCGGUCCAGGAGAAAGAACUUAAAAAGAUCAAGAACAGUACAAAUAAUGCUGGGACUCCCACCAAAACAGGGAGGAUGGAGAAAGUAUUCCUAGUUCACCAUAGACCAGACCUACACUCCAAUAGAACCAGAUUCAAAUCCAUUUCCCGAUCCAGAGUGAGACCAGAUCUGAGCAUUCACACCACAGGGCUGCAAGGCAAAGGACUCGCUAUGGAUUCAACCAGAAAAUUAAAUGUGACCGGCAGCUACAGUGUCCUAAAACUGCUGUCAAAAGAGAACCUGGUGAUGAUUGUGAACUCACAGAUGCAGAGUGUUCCGAGUCUGAAUGAUCUUCAGAGCAAGAGCAGUCGAAGCAGAAAGAGAGAUUUGAUUGAUGUGGAUCACAGCCCGAUGGAGGCCCUAAAAUUACAGAAGCAAGAUUUGGCUGUUACUCAAAACCACUUUGCAUUAGAUAAUCCAACUGCACUGCCGCAUAUAAACCCUGUCACAAAUCCUGAUCCAAGUCUAGAAAAGGCUGUUCACACUUUAAGUGAAGUCACUCUAGAUUCUGGUGUGGGAAAAGACAACUCUGAGAUGAGGGCUGCAGAUAGAACAGUCACUUGGAAGAGCAAACACACCUCUCACCCUCUGUCAACACCUUUGAAUGAGGUCAGUCUCGACACUGACAGGGAGGUGACCAUCAGUAAGACUGACCCUCCGGCCAUGACCAAGCAUCUACCCUCAAGCAUCUCUUCUCAGACAAAUGCUGGCCCUCCCUCAGUGUUCACCUCACAGCCCCAGGGAGAGGGGACUGGGAGUGUGGCAGGGGAUUCCCAUAAGGAGAGUUUUCUUCACACAGCCGCACCAGGACUCAAAAUCCUCAGCCCGAUUGCCACUCAAGACCCCGAAGGUGGCGCCACAGAGCCAAUCGAUAGCAGCCAUGUCCUCAAACUCCACCCAGACACACACUGGGGCUUCAACCAGGACAAGGCAGCCGGUGGGGGGAUGACAGUUGAGUCCCAUCCCGGGAAUGGGCGGGGCCUGGUGUUCCAAGAGGCGGAUGAGGAGGAGGGCCGUGGUCAAAUGGAUGGGGAGGGGGCUCGGUCACGCAGCAGGAGGAGUUGGAUCUGGAACCAGUUCUUUGUGAUUGAAGAGUACAGCGGGCCUGAACCGGUGCUCAUCGGACGGCUGCACACUGACAUGGACCGAGGUGAUGGACGCACCAAGUACGUGCUGAGGGGCGAGGGGGCGGGGGCGGUGUUUGUGAUUGACGAGAAGACGGGCAACAUCCAUGUCACCAAGCCCCUGGACCGCGAGGAAAAGGACGAGUACCGCCUCAUCGCCACAGCAACCGACCGGCAGACCGACCGGGCCCUGGAGCCCUCGUCCACAUUCAUCAUCAGAGUGCAGGACAUCAACGACAACCCACCUCUGUUUGAGGAAGGGCCCUACAGCGCCACGGUGCCUGAGAUGGCCAACAUAGGUACUUCUAUAAUCCAGGUGACAGCGACAGAUGCUGACGACCCAACCUAUGGGAACAGUGCCAGACUGGUGUACACACUGGUGCAGGGACAGCAGUUCUUCUCUGUGGACCCACAGACAGGUAUACUGCGCACAGCGGUGCCUGAUAUGGACAGGGAAACCCAGGACCGGUACCUGGUUGUUCUGCAGGCCAAGGACAUGGGGGGCCAUCUGGGAGGUCUCUCAGGGACCACCACUGUCACCGUGAGGCUGAGUGACGUCAACGACAACCCCCCUCGCUUCACACAGAGUAUGUGGUCGUUCUCUGUGUCCGAGCUGGCUGUUCCGGGGGCCGAGGUGGGCCGUAUCUCGGCAACAGAUGCUGACCUGGGCGACAAUGCCAAGCUGGAAUAUACCAUCCUGGAGGGAGAGACGGGGAACACCUUCAACAUCAGCGGAGCGAACCAAGAGGCUGUGAUCACACUGAACAAGGCUGUGGACUAUGAGAGUCGUAGCUCCUACUCUUUCUCCGUGGAGGUGUUGAACCCCAUGGUGGACCCUCGUUUCCUCCGCCGCGGGCCCUUUAAGGACCGUGCCUCCAUCCGGGUGGCCGUGCUGGACGCAGACGAGCCGCCCCGCUUCUCCCGGGCUCGCUACCGUAUGGAUGUGUCGGAGAACUGCCCUCCCGCCUGCACCGUGGGACGGGUUAGUGCUGUGGACCCUGAUACUGGACUCACCAAUAACAUCAGGUUCUCUAUUGAUCCCCAGUCAGAUCCAGAGGCUCUGUUCCGUAUCACCCCGGACAGCGGCCUCAUCACCACGGCCAUGGAGCUGGACCGUGAGCGCGAACAAUGGCACAACAUCACCGUCAUCGCCACACAGAGAGACAACCCCAGCCAGGUGUCCAGAGUGGUGGUGACCAUAGAAACGCUGGACCUGAAUGACAAUGCUCCCGAGCUGGACAGAAAAUACACAACAGCAAUGUGUGACUCGUCAGCCACCGGACAGGUGGUGCAGGUGUUGCGUGCGAUUGAUAGAGAUGAGGGAGGGAAUGACAGCGCUGUCUAUUUCAGCAUCCCUCCAGAGUCCAGCGUCGCCCUCAACUUCAGCAUCAGGGACAGUGGAGGCCCCACCGCCACCCUGUUGCUCUUGUCGCCUCUGCAGCCCCUCUCCCGCUCGUCCUCCUCCUCCCUCACGCUGCACGUCCCCCUGGUACUAAGGGACGGGACAUCUGGCCUGACCUCCACUGGGACGGUCACCGUGUCUGUUUGCCCCUGCCUGAGAGGAGGGGCCCGGGCUGGGGAGAAGGAGAGGCAGGAGAGGCAGACGGAGGGAGACUGGGAGUGGGAGAGAGAGACGGUGUGUGUCCCCCAGCAGUCCACCUCUCCUUCCCCUGGGCUUAGCACCGCCGCCCUGCUGGCCAUCCUGGCCUGUGUUGCCACUCUGCUGGCGGUCAGUGCCUUGUCCCUGUCCCUCCGCCGUCAGAAGCGGGACUCUCUGUCCCCCCUGGAGGAGGACGAUGUGCGGGAGAACAUCAUCACCUACGACGACGAGGGUGGGGGUGAGGCCGACACGGCCGCCUUCGACAUUGCAGCGCUCCAGAGCGCCCCCCACAGCUCACGCAGGGUAUACCGCACCCUGGACAGCAGGAACAUCCUUGUCACACCCUAUCUUCUACCCCCCAGACGCUACUCCCAGCACGUCCAGGACAAAGCCCAGUCUUACAGCUGGGCCCAGAACCCAACCCUGGACCCGGCCUACUCCGGCCCUGGAGGGCCCAUGUACGGCCGCCUCUGCUACAGCAGCCAUACCUUACCUGUUCUCCGACGUACUCCAGGGAGCCAGUUUGAGCUGGGCCUGGCUGAGCUGGCCUACCGCUUCCCUGGGGGCCAGCCGGACCACUCGUUGGUCAUCCAGAAUCAGGGGGCCAUGGUGGGGGCCCUGGAGCCAGGGGCCGUGUACAAAGGCCCAGCUGAAAUGAGCAGCAGAGAGAGCAGAGACGGAACGGGCCCGCAGAGCGGGGUUAGCACCUCAGAUGGAGGGACACCGCGGACCAAUGACAGCCAGGAGAGAGGCGGAGGGGGAGCUAUGAGCAACGGUACAGAGAACAGCAGCGAGCAGCAGAGCCAAAGCCAGGACUCAGUGGACUUGGUCCAGUCUGAGACCCUCCCCCGGGAGAGGGAGCACAACCUGGUCCUGACCCGCUCCGGCUCCGUGGUUGGUCAGGGAGGUGCCUGGGUGUGUGACUCGGCCACCCUGCCCAUGGCGGGCCGCAGAGCCUCCCGCGCAGGCCUCUCCCCCAAACGCUCCGGCUUAGCUGAAGGAGGUUCCUCUGGUGGUGGAGGCCCUGGGGCGAACGGCACAGACAGCAAGUCUCAGCAGUCAGCCGCCCGCAACUACACCAGUGUCCUGCAGGGGGAGGCAGCGGGACAGAGGCAGGACUACCCUGGGAGCAUGGGGAGGGGAGGGCUGGAGAUUGGCAGCAACUUUGUGGUGGCCAGGCCGGACAGGGAGGGCGGAGGGAUAUCUCUGACUGGCACUUCUUGCGGGGGGAUUUACCCAGAAGGGUUCAUGGCUGACUGGCGGGACAGGGUGGGUAUUGGGGCAUACAUUUUAGGAAGAAGGGAUAUGACCCCCCAGAUGCUGCCCUUCCCAGGGCAGCCCAGGGGUGCAUAUGGGGGCAUCAUGGGGUACGGGGCAGGGUGGGUCCCAGGGAUAGAGGCAGGGAGAGGGGGUCCAGUACCAGGUGGUCACUCCAUGGCCCUCAGGGUGGGUGAGUUCCUCCGCCUUCGUCUGGCUCAGGUCACCUUUGACCCCUCGCAGCCUCCCUAUGAUUCAGUGCAGGUGUACGGGCUGGAGGGCACAGGGUCAUGUGCAGGCUCCCUCAGUUCACUGGAGAGUGAGGGAGAGAAGGAUGCAGAGAAGGAGGAGUGGGGAGGAGGACUGGAGGAGUGGGGUCCACAAUUUCAGGAGCUAGCCAAGCUGUUCCGAGAUAGGGAGAAAGAAAAACAAGAGGAGACGGAGAAGGAUGGGGAGGGAGGAGUAGAGAACAACAAAAAAGAGGCUGAAAAAGAGGAGGGGCAGAAAGAGGAGCUGUCUGGAGAUGAGGGGAAAGACAGAGAGGGAGAAGAGAAAAAUGAGAGAGAAUGAGGGAAGGGUGGAAGAAUGAUUAAAAGGCAAGCAGAGUUAGAAUAAUGGGAAGAGAAGUUAACGGAGAGAGAGAUGAAGAGGGAGAAUAAUAAAAAGAGACAGAUAAAAAUGAGCCCAGGGAAGCAAGGGCAGGGGAGGGAGUGAUUGAUGUAAUUUAAAGCAAUAAGUGGUGAAAGGCUGAUACGUGUGAGCACAGAUACUGAGACAAUGUGCAUGAUGCUUCUCCACUAAGCAGCAACCAUUUGUUAAGUGGUCUGGACAAAGAGAAACAACUUAAACAUCCGAGACAGGAUUUUCAUUCAGCUCUACAUCUAUAGAAAUAGAAAGAGAGAGGGAGUAAGCGAAUGUGUUUCUUUGUUUGCAUGUGUGUGGGAUGAGGGUGUGUAUGUGAGAGAGAGAAAUUGGAAACAAAUUAUUAUGGGGGGGGGGGGGUGCAAGCAAGACCAAGGAAGUAUGGAAAAUUAGGGUACCACACGGAGGAGAAGGGGAUAUAAGAUGACCAAGACAGAGGGAUAGAGAAAAAAAGACAAAGAAGGAGAGAGUGAGAGAGAGGGGAAGAGAGAUGAUUGUGCAGAAACUGUUGCAUUCACACCGUCCGCAGAGGCAGAAAAGUGAAUAAUUCAACUCACAAGUUCAUUCCAAAUAAAAAACGAUGAAUCAUUUAAAUCGCUGAAAAAGUCGUAUCACUGGAAAAUACACAUUGUGAGAAGUAAAAAAGGGAUAUGAUAUUCCCAGGCUUAGCUGAGUGUUGUUGUGUUUACAAACACAGGCUAGACAUGUUUCUUUUUUAAACAUGUUUAUUUUUUGGGUGAAGCUUGCAUUCAAUUGCCACACUCUAUUGCACAGAAAAGCUCCCAUUCCCCCUGUCACAAGGGGAUUUAUGGCUGACUUAAGAUGAAAUUGUCCACCCUGUUACGGUCAACCCUGUUACGGUCAACCGUGUUACUUUAUUUGGAACUUAAUAGGCACUUACUAUAUAUGUUUUUUUUUAAAUCAACCUCUUGAGAUGGGAAAACAUGUUUUUUUAUCAAGAUGAAAAAAAUGCUGUAAUUAGGUGGAAUCAAAGUUAAUUAUGACCAAGUUACACUUCUCAAAAGGCACUGAAUUGAUGGAACGACCCACAACACCCACACACACUAAAGAUUCAUUUGUGUUAUCAGGCACUGAUUGUAUAAUAAAUCACGAAAGCAAAAGUAUUAACAAGAUCCAUUGAAUCUAUGUAUGAAUCGAAUAAAUCUCUUCUAAAUCGAUGAUUUUACUGUAUGUAGGGAGGAGAGGAAUGACAAUUUUUUUUAAUGCAAAACCUCCAUCUACUCAAUCAACAUGUCUUGAGGACCAAGUCUGCAUGAUUUGAGAACAAUCUCAACCAAUCUCAACCGCCUAUUCACACUCUGAAAACUCUUAACCGUCCAAUCGGUAACUUCCAUUUAUCAGUGAAGAGUGUCAGAAUGAAAACCAGCAGGCCCAGCGAACAGAAACAACUGGGCCCCGUAAUGGUCAAAGGUUAGAGGUUAAUUUAAGAAUGAGCUGGGAUUUCAGCUGGGAUGCACUUUUAUACUGUGUGGCGUUCAAUACUAGACUACGAAUAAUGUCAGAUCAAGUUUUUUUUUAACGUUUUUUUUUAAAGAAGAUGUCUAUGGACGAUAACUACUGUUCUACUGUAUGUGGAUGCAUUUGUAAAUAUCAGUGAAUAUCCUUGUUAAAAGAGAAGAUAAUUGUCACAACAACAAAAAAAUGUAAGUGGAAAAACUGUCACGUUUGAACAGAGCACUGGUGGGACAACUUAGACCUGGCCUAGAUUAAUAUUUCAACCAGACUGGACUUGAUUUACCUGACCCUGAACUAAACUGGCACAAUGUACUUUACAUUAGGACAGACCAGAAUAUCGUGUGCCUAACACAACAGUCUUGUGGAAAAGCAAAGUAUUCAAAUAGGUCUUUAACCUGGCAAAAAAAGUGUUUUGCGGAACAUGAGCACUCGAUUACUUGUCAGGUACUCUGCUUCACCAGCCAUGUAUCUGACAAGAACUACAAGCCUGGCGUGCUCGGUUAUGUGAGGUAGCUUUCUAAAGCCAGCAUUUCGAUGAAUUCCGUUUCCGUUGAAGACCAUUUAACUGGACCAUGAAAACUGCCCGAUGCUGUAUUCUAUUCUCCAAUGUAAUUGUCACAACCCGUUCGCUGAAUAGACUGGAGCUGUAAUGGAACCGACCCCAAAGAAUAAAUAUAGUGUCCCCGAGGCAGCAAAAAGAGACUCCUGUCAGCUCAGACUUUAUGUGCCAUGCCCAAAAGUUGUGCACUGUUAACUUAACAUUGGCUCAGAUUGUGUCAAACCCCCAGUGAAAAGAGAAAGUCGACACGAUCACCAUAAGAGUCCACAAUCACACUGUGUCCCUGUGGAAGGUCCUGUUGAAAUACUUUUCAAAACGCGCCCUUCAUCUCUCCAUACCUCGGAGCUAUCACUGAUUUGACAAGUCAAAGCGAUGAAAGGGAACCCUUCCUUUCACCUAUCAAAUUGGGUUUAGAUCCGUUAUUAUUACUUUGAGGAUGGGCGGAAGAAGGGACGCGUUUUGAAUGUAUUCAAACCGGGCCAAAGACUUGACUUGACUGGACCCUGCCAGGACUACUGUAGUAGUGCACAAUCUCUGGGGGGGAGAGGAGAGCGGGACCCUGGAGAAUGGUCUGACCAGGCUUGGUCAAACUCCAGCCCUGAUGUGGCUAGCCUCCUUAGUAUUGUAUAGUCUCGGCACCAUAGUGGAGGCUAUAGAGAAGGGUUAUUCAAUUCUUACCCUACGAGGUCCGGAACCUGGUGGUUUUCUGUUGUAUCUGAUAAUGAAUUGCCCAGGUCUACAUUAGUCCCUGAUUAGAGGGGAACAAUGAAAAACACAGUGGAACUGGCUUAGAGGUCCAGAGUUGAGUUUGAGGACUAUAGAGGUUAGCCAUACCAGGGCUAGUCAAGCCCUAUUCACAGGGAAUAACCACAUACACCUGUAAAACACCCUCACAUACGCUGUGGAAUAUGUUAUGUAGUUCACACCUAUAAAUAUAGAUCAUGUAAUAUAUGUGUGUGUCGUAAUUAUAAACUGAUUGGUGCCUCAUCUACUGUGACAUAAUGACUUAUGUCCCCCGAAACAUGGUUAGCCAGCGCCGAUUGGCUCUUGGUGUUUUGCUUGUGCUGAUUGGUCUAAAUCAGAGUGAUGCUCCAGCUGAUUGAUCUGUAGAUGGCGAGGCCUUGGCUUGUAGUGCCGCCGUCACUUAACUACUUGAUUGAACUGAUUAUGUCACCUCCGGAGGAAAGGAAUCGAAACACCAAAUUGGUCCAAUCAAAGGCAUGAUUAGUUGAAUCAGUCGCCUCCUGUCGCAGGGGCACUCCAGGACCGGGGGUUUCCUAUUCCUGGUCAACCCCCCCCCCCCUCACUUUAGUCAGAGAGGAAAGUGAGAUUGUCAGGAGAUUUAUCAAACCAUUUAUCCACGCAAUUAAAUGCAAAUGAAAAUACACUGCAUUUAAUGACAGGUCCUGACAUGCUUUACAUGUAGUGUUUCAGGGGUGUGUGGUUGUAUUCUGUGUGUGUUCUGGAGGGUAGAAGGUCAUGAACUUUGAACGCCACCAGACGACCCCAGGUUCAGUCUCCCUUUGGGACUUCAUCACUCCUGCACGAUGUUGAUCAAAUUCCAAGAUGGCGUGCUGAAUAAAGUAAAUGUAUUUAUUAUGUUGUAUUUUUCCUUUUAUUUUUUGUAAAUUUGAAUAAAAAAUCAUAUGUUUUAAAGAGA